AAGGAAGGGCGCUGGAAGGGAAGCGAAGUGACGUACUUAUCAUGUGAUGUUCGCUGUCCUCGUGGUCAGUUUCGUCGUUUCUCUCUUCUUGUUCACAUGACCAGUUUGUUUGACCCCAUGACCACCACUCCGCACUCCAGUUCUCCAACUCUGGACAUGCUCGACGGGUCGCUGGACCCGGAGAAAAAUUCACCACUACAAGAUCCCAAAGCUUCCGAUCCUACACAGGUACCGGAGCCCGAAACUGUGACAGUGACGGUUUCGACUGUUUCUGACGAACAAACAGCAGCUGCUCUCGUCGGACAACAAGCGAACGCAGCGUUUGCAGAUCCUGGUACCCUUCAGUUCCAGUACAGGCCAGACGGAAAUGGCGUACAGGCGACGGGAUUCAAUGGUGGUACACAGCAAAUUCGAGUCGUCCAAGUUCAAGCUCCCGAGGCGAGUGGCGAACGAGUAGACGCCACUAACGCGGCGUUUGCACCGCAAGUUCAAACUGUUAUUCAAAGCCCUUUCAGCAAUGGUUCCUCCCCUACUCACACAGUCGAAACGGAUACGACUGCGGACGGGCCGAGAUUUACGUACUUUCAGCCGGCAGAUGGGGCGGCCACUGCUACAGUGGUUCAAGCCAGUGGUACUGAAGGUUUAGACGGAACAAGCGCUUAUACAGUGAGAAAUAUUCCUGUUUCUCUUCAACAGCCCUCCUCUCCGUCGCAAAUGCCCAUCACAAUGGCCGAAGCUCAGACCAUCACCACCGUAGGAACAGCUGCAGGUUGGUUUUUGUCGUUCAUAAUCAAGCAGCUUCGUUCUAACUUUUAUUUCACUGUCGUUGAAUGCAAAAUAAGUCCUGUUUUGCAUUUUUUAAAGGUGGAUUUUACGUGAUGAUGUCUCCUCAAGACGUGAUGCCUGGCGGAAGUCAGAGAAGCAUUGCUCCAGCGAUCACUCAUAAAAUAGCAACGUAAGUUUUCAUCACGAAAACUCGUUCAAGAGUUAUUUUUCUCUGUAACUCUUUUCUUUUAACUUAAGAAUACUAAGCUGUUUGGUUUUGUACCAGUCUUUUUUCGAUAAUCUUUUAUUAAUGAGAAAAUGUCCCUUAUUUUCCUGCGAUGAUACACGACUGUUAAAAUUUGUCAUGUCUACAUCAAAUCAUGUUAAUUUCCGUGGAUAGCGUGCUGUUCUUGUAAAGGUCAGAGCAGUUUUCUAAGACAACUAGCGUUUGAAAAUAGCCGAUCGCUAUGUAAGCGAUUUGUAAGGAUUUUUUAAAAUCAAGCUUCGAACAAAAACCACCCUAGGUAGUCAGUCGAUGUAUGUAACUUGAUUCGUUCGCGACACUCAUAUUGAAUUCCUUGCCGUACGAAAUAAUCCUUUCCUUGAAUGUAGUCGCAUUCGUGCUUCAUCUAGACCAAAAAUAGCAUUAAAGAACUUUUGUGGUUAGAGAAAAUCACGAUGUGUUUUGAAGUUGUUUUGAAUUAACCGGCUCAAAGUCAUGUGUUCGAAACACAUGACGGUUCUCAUGUCACAUGAUUUCUUCUUCAAUCAUGUGAUGGUCAUGUAAAACACAACAACAAAAUCGCUGGAAUGAAGCUUGGAUGUGUAUUCAGCGAUCUUGUGUUGUCAGGAAAGGAUAAACGUAAUGGAAGUUAUGUAUAUUUUAAGUAAUUCUGCUGCCCUUAACAGGAAAAUUGACGCGCCUCGGACAGCCCGAGAUGAGAAAAGGAGGGCGACCCACAACGAAGGUAAUGCUCAGAGGAUUAUUUUGAAGUUUCCGCUCUACCUCUAAUAUAGAAUUUAAAAUUUCUACCUUUAAGCGCAAAACUGGCCGAUCUACUUGAAAAAACAAACUUGUCAGCAGUCACUUACAUUGAUCACGAAGAAAAUUAUUCAACCCGUAGUGUCAAAUGACAGUAAGACAUUGUCACACAACAUAAUUAUAUAUAUUCUCAAGGAUGUUGUUGGUAGGUCUUUUUGUUCCACUAAUAUCCCUGCACUUUCUACGUUAACUUUAUUUUUGGAAGUUAGGUUACUGACCCAUUGAGAAUAAUAAAGAAAGACAUGCAUGAAUUUGUAUUUUUACCUCAUUUUAACACAAUGCCAUUGUUUUAGUAGAAACAUUGACUUGAAAUUAAUCAUGCAUCUGUUAAGUAUAUUAUUUUAGGUAAGAGAUUAAAUCAAAGUGUUAGUGGGCUGUGUUUUACCCAAAAACCAGUCAAGUCCACUACAAAUGGAGUUUGAGAGUAUUUCCUCGAUGCGUUGCUUUUGUUUUUCACUCCGACUUCAAUGUUUCUUUAGUGGAGCGCCGUCGCAGGGACAAGAUAAACACAUGGAUUAACAAACUUGCCAAAGUGGUGCCAGAAUGUUGCCAAGAACAGUCAAAAGCAGGGCAGGUCGGUGGAUCACAAAAUAUAGUAAGCACUUUUUGAUUCUGUUUUUCAAUUAAAUUUGUGUCGUCUUGGCAAAUGGUUGAUAGACAUAGGUUAGGAACACAAUGUCCCUAAAUGCCCUUUCUUGGAACGAAAUUCACAGUGCUCCCAUUUUAUUCACUCCCUCAAGCAAUGGCCAUUUUGGUUACUGAAGUGAUAUACCAAGCAUGAGAUGCAGCGUUUCAUCACCGGAUAAAACACUGAGAAGAGAGUUACGAAGAUGACAUGCAGUGAAGUAUUUUUGAUGAACUUGGCGGCAUUUCAUGUGAAUAGAAAAGACUGUUUCUGUUGGAUAUGUAAAAAGAACCAACACGGCCACAAGUUCAUUGGAGUAACACAAUUCCUAUCCCUGCCCCAUGCUUGGGAUUCUAGUCCAUGAUGAGGUUAGGCUGUGUUGCCUCCAACCAUUUAUAAAUCUUGCUCCAGUUGUUUAAAUGGCACUGCUGAAUAACCCUUUUAAGAAAGGAGAAAGGAGAAAGGAGAGAAUGUUAAAAGUUUCUUUCCCAAGAACCCAUUGAGGUUCACAAGUUGGAAAAAGUUGGCAGCAGUUUUCCAAGGCAGACUUUCUAAUCAGUGAUAUAUUAUUAUUUUUUACAGAGCAAAGGUGGUAUUUUAUCGAAGACAGUGGAUUACAUAAAUGAGUUAAAACUUCACAAUGCUCGAAUGGUAGAAUCAAUCAAGGACAAUGAAAGAUUGCAAAUAGACACAGAGCUUUUACGCCAGCAAGUAGACGACCUCCGACAAGAAAAUGCAUUACUGAGAGCUCAACUGCAGCAGCAUGGAGUUGAGUUGGCAACGGGAGGUCCCAGCGCUUGAAGUUACAGCUUGUUAUGCAGUGUCUAGCUACACUUGACAAGGACAUUCAUUAAGAGCACUGUUGCCAGUAUUUAUUAACUGCAAUCCUGAUACCCCAGUGUUGCACAAAACUUAGGAGUAGCGUGCUGGUCAUGUAAAGAUUCAGUAGGUGUUAUUUGCAAUAUCCCUUACAGGGACUAUGGUAUAAUAUUUUUGGUUGUGGUGUUUGAGUCCAAACUUAAGUCAACCUCAUCGUGUGACCACCUGUGUAACAUACAAAAAUCUGCUAAAGAAAACAUGAAAACAAUACCUUACAUUAAUUUGACUGAAAAAUAUGCA